AUGGAUGUGGUGCCACCAUACAAACAAGAAGCGCCAAAGACCCCUCCCCACGUGAUCCUCCACUACGUGGCCUUCAAAACCGCCUGGGAUUGGAUGAUUCUCUUCCUCACUGGCUACACCGCCGUGAUGGUGCCAUACAAUGCGGCCUUUCGCAGUAAAUCCAUCGAUGAUGUCAUUUUUCUCGUGAUUGACAGCAUUGUUGACGUCAUCUUCUUUAUUGACAUUGUCCUCAACUUUCACACCACGUUUGUGGGGCCCCAGGGCGAGGUUAUAUCAGAUGCCACUGUCAUCCGAAUCAACUACCUCAAGGGAUGGUUCAUUGUGGAUCUUCUUUCCUGCUUACCCUAUGAUGUAUUCAAUGCCUUUCAACCCGAAGCUCCGCAGAGUUCCAUUAGUUCGCUCUUCAGUGCCCUGAAGGUAGUGCGACUACUUCGAAUAGGUCGAGUAACACGAAAAUUGGACCAGUACUUAGAGUAUAUGGCAGCUAGUCUCUUUCUUAUGAUCUUCGGAUUUGUGCUGCUUGCUCAUUGGCUCGCGUGCAUCUGGUACACCAUCGGAACAGCUGAUUUAGGCCAUAAUGUCAAGUACGGAUGGAUUCCUCGUCUUGCUUAUGAUACUGGGAAAAUUAGCAAGAAUUUGACUCUAUUUGAUGAAAAGAAUAACCCGGUGGAAAGACAUGUGGCCUAUAUAACGGCCUUGUAUUACACCCUCUCCCUAAUUACAAGUAUUGGUUUCGGUAAUGUCUCCGCGAACACCUUCUACGAAAAAAUUGUUUCUGUCGUCUUCAUGCUUAUUGGCGCCUUCUGUUACGCAACAAUUUUCGGCCAAAUCACAACUAUCUUUCAAGGCAUGUACGCGGCACGCUCAAGAUAUCACGAUAUGAUGGGAUCAGUGAAGGACUUCGUGAAAACUCAUAACGUACCACAGGAUCUAGCCGAAAGGGUCAUCGAUUACGUCACGUCGACAUGGGCAAUCACCAAAGGCAUCGAUACGGCAAAAGUUUGUUUCUCAGAGAAUCAUUAA